AUGAGUCUUUUUAAAGUAGCAAGAAUAUUAUAAGCUAACACUAUAUUAUUUAACUGUGAUAUAUAAUAAGGAUUCAUAAAACACAUAUAUAAAUCCGAAAACAUUAUAAAUACUGCAAAAUAAAUGGCAUAAACAGCUAAUAUUUUACAAUUACCAAUAUUAGUAACAGUUUAAAAUGUAAAAGCGUUUGGAAAUACUGUACCAGAAUUAGAGAAAGAUUUACCAAAAAAUUUAUCCUAAAAAUUCGAAAAGGCAACAUUUUCAAUGAUAAAUGAACAAACUUAGGCAUUUUUGGAUUAACAUAAAGAAAGAAAAACAGCAAUUUUAUACGGAGCUGAAGCACAUGUUUGUGUUUAAUAAACUUGUUUAGAUUUAUUAGAAAAAGAAUACUAAGUUUUUUUAUUGACUGAUGGUAUUACUAGUAUAAAUCCUAUAGAUAGAUCCACUGCAUUUUAAAGAAUGUAAUAGGCUGGAGCACAUUUAACAACAUAUUAAAGUGCAGUUUUUGAAAUGCUAAAAAGCUUUAAACAUGCAGAAUUUAAAAAUUACUGCCAGUUUUUAAAUUAAGUGUAAAUGAAUAAGACAGAUUGA